AUGCCCUGGUACAGCAAGUCUCUGCUCGCCCUCCUUGAGGCGUGCUGGCGGGGGCCGAUCGUCGGGGCAGAGGACGCGUCCGGGAGUUCCUACGGGAGGGAAGACUGGCAAUGUGACAUCAAUGGGGCACACACGGCGACUCUGAUGAAUAUGGAGACAGUACCCGUUUUCGGCCACAUGGAUGAGGUGGAGGAGUUCGAUGGCCACAAGCGAGAUUGGACGCUAUACGUAAUCAAGCUCGACGCGCUCGGUGAGCCAGACGUAUUUCUUAAUGCGGAUGUGACGCUCGUCUUCGGUCGAAACUACAAGCGUUACCUCGAGCUCAUCGACAACGCACCUCGCCAUAGAGUCACGCACUUCGUGCGACCAUCCAGAACGGUCAGCAGGAUAGAUGCCGUCAUGGUUACGAGCAGUGACGAGGCUUCGGCUGUGGGUGGAAAAAUCGUCCCUGUUCUGUGCGAAGUCGAUCGCGUCAAGGCCGAGCUUCGGACGGGACAAGGGGACCUUGGAAUCGAUUCACUUCGCACCGGUAAUGCAUAUCUUUGUUUCGACGCAGAACGGACCUGGUAUAGAGAUGGCUUCUGGGCGUUGGGAACCCUCACCCUCGACGAAACUCGAUUGCGAGUGUUGGAGGCGAGGAACGCUCUCGGAGCGUCCGACUUUAGCUACCAGUGUGACGCGGUAUUCUUCAGGGGAUCUUCGUCGGUACAAGAAAAGAUUGCACUCCGCUUAGACCAUUUGUUUAGCGGCGACGAAAAAACUCCCGUCACUCUCAAGUUUGGACCGGCGUUGAAGAACCCGCUGUGUGGGGAGAGGAGGGUGUUCGAAGGCAUCGUGCCCCCGCUUUCAGUGAUCCCGCUGUGGGAUGGCAUCGGCACCAGCUUCCAUUCGAUGGAAGGCGCGCACGAUGCCUGGCGUCGUCUCGGCCUGAACACCAAGCGCGAUCUGUGGCCGGAAAUAUGCGAGGCCGAGUCACCAUCGAUACUAAAAAGUUUAUUCCGCGGCUUGUUGACUCCGCAAGUUACCGCACUAUCCGCGCUGCUACGNUACGGAGAACAUGGAGGGGCCGGGAAAAGUUACCGCACUAUCCGCGCUGCUACGGCCACAUUCGAAACAGGACUAGUCUUGACCCCCACCAAUAGCCUGCGCACGUCCUACCCAAAUCUUCCAUCCGGGUGGAGUGUAAAGACCGCUGACCACCAGCUCGGAUUCUACCUGAGUGAUGAUUCUUACGUGAAGAAGACGGCGGGAUCGAUACGAACGCUCAAGGUCGACGUAAUCAUCAUCGAAGAAGCUGCUUAUAUUCCUCUCCGGACCUUAAGCAUGAUCCUGGCGGCUGCCCAUAGCAGCAGCGGUACCCACGUGAUCGGGACAUACGACACGCAUCAACUCCAGCCCGUUUGCGAUAGCAGCGGCAUGUCGAUUAGCAGGGACAACGUCGACAGGAAGGUCAUCGUCGAAAAAGCCUUCCCCACGUGUUUCCAUGUCUUCGCGCGCAAGCGAGACAAAACUCUCGAAGACCAAGCGGAGAUGGAUGACGACCUCUUGCACACUCUGGCCGCAGGAAACGACAGUGACGAGGCGCAGACUCGAGCCAUCGCGAGGUUUGGCGGGGAGCAUAUCGAAAAUCCCAGCCCUUCAGAUUUUCACCUCGCGUAUACAAGAGAAUGUGCUCGAUUCCACGCCUUCCGAGGUUUGCUGGGGUGCAACGAAGCUGGGGACUGGGAUGGGCUGGGGUGUCAGACGGUGGUUGGUGCGCAAUACCGGGACCUCGGGAACCCGGGCAAGAAUCACAAGAAUCACAUGUACAACGUCAUUCGAUCCUCGGCAGAUACCGUCGUCGUCGCGAGUGCAUUUGACGGCGGUGCUAGUCUUGAGGAAACUUCACUCUGUCGAGCGGAGGCAGAAAACGUUUUUGAUCCUCCAGGGUCAUGCACAGUACACGCGGUCCAAGGCCGUACCGUGGAAGGGAGGUUGAUCAUACAUCAGGCCCGGCACCGUCACGCUGACGUCCACUGGCUGUACACGACUGUCAGUCGAGCGACCGGACCCUCGAACGUGAGGGUCGUCGACGAUAUUCACCGGAGCGAAAGCGACAUGUCCGAUCGAGAGAGAAUAUCGUGGGUUUCUCGGAAGGUUUCAAGCUACAUCUAUGCCGACGUUACGGCUGGGCGUUUAAAAUCUGAUGAGGGGGGGCAGCAUGGAGAAGCUCUCNAUGCCGACGUUGCGGCUGGGCGUUUAAAAUCUGAUGAGGGGGGGCAGCAUGGAGAAGCUCUCGUCCAAGAACUCGACCGCUCCUAUGGGGGGAGGUGUAACUUGUGCAACCAUGAACUUAUCUGGACCGUUUGUAGCGAACGGCAACCGACUCUUGACCGUCUUGACUGUGCUUUGCCCAACAUAAUCGGAAACGUGGACGUUAUGUGCCUAAAGUGUAACAGAGCAAGAGGAAGCCUAGGGAGAGGGAAGUCGAAAAAGAGGAAGAUAAAUUCAUUGUGCCGUGGUCGACCGGUAGCUUUUAAGACAAGAAACUCGGGAAAUAAUAAAUGUGGUGUGUAUAUCAAUAAUUCAAUCAUGAACGAUCUUAUUUCACAGUGUGCGAGUUGGCUAGAGGGUAACAAAGACCCGGUCCAUGUACUCGAGGNUCUCGACCGCUCCUAUGGGGGGAGGUGUAACUUGUGUAACCAUGAACUUAUCUGGACCGUUUGUAGCGAACGGCAACCGACUCUUGACCGUCUUGACUGUGCUUUGCCCCACAUCAUCGGAAAUGUGGACGUUAUGUGCCUAAAGUUGUGCGAGUUGGCUAGAGGGUAA